CGCGCGCCCGUCGUGUACGGGUUCGGCCGAGGCAGCAAAAAGAUGGGCGUCCCGACCGCGAACUUGGACCCGGACGUCCUCGAGGAAGAGCUCGGGAGCAUGCGCAAGGGCGUGUAUUUCGGGUACGCGAGGUUGCCCGCGGACGAGAAACACGCGGCGUGGACGAAGUGCGUCGUCAACGUCGGCUCGAGGCCCACCUUCGCUGACGGCGACGGCGUCACCGUGGAGACGCACGCGUUAAGGGACUACGGGCGCGACUUUUACGGCGAGGACAUGGAGGUCGUCGUCGUCGGGUACUUGCGGCCGGAGAUGAAGUUCGACGGCAUGGCGGCGCUGGUGAAUCGCAUCAUGACGGACAUCGGGCUGGCGAGGAACGCGUUGGACGAUCCGGGGCACAGGAGACGCGCGGACGAC